AUGAAAAAUAGAAAAGAAAAACAACAACAACAAAUGUCUUUAAUGAAAGAAUGGGAUGAACCAUCGACAACAACAACAACAACAACAACAGAUCAAUCAAAUCAACCAUAUAAAUAUAUUGAAGCAAAAUGUAAUUUAAAUAAAGAAACAGAGAAAUCAAUUGGACAUCCAGUUAGUAAAUUUGCAAAGAUAGUAAUUGUUUUAUUGGCAAUAUCAUUACCAACGAUUUCAUUUGUAUUGGCAGCAAGAGUUAAAGGAAGAUUAACAUUACCAUUUUAUAUAUUUGGAUUACCAUCAUGGUUGAUAUUGGUACCAAUUUUAAUAUAUUUCUAUAGGAAGAAGGGAUUCUCCCCAUUUAUAAGAUCAAAAGGUAUCACUGCAUUAAUGGCAGUAUCAUUUUCAUUCUAUUCACUUUACAACAUACUUUUUUCAAUGUACAUUUUAAGACCAUUCUUUGUGGUGGAUCAAGAGAACAAUGCUGUCAGUGGGUAUAGAUACCGAGGCAUUAUGUGGCUACCAUUGCUCAUAUUGAUUUAUUUACACUCAACUGUUUACAUUCAACAUUUAGUAUUAUCAAAAUGUAAAAUGCGUCCAAAACUUUAUUUAUAUUUAGUGUCGUAUCCAUCAUCGGUAUUCUUCACAACAAUGAUACUAUCGAUACCAUUCUAUUUGGUUGUACCAUUCAUUCCAUCAUUGGUUGGUAUGUUUAUAAUGUUAAUACCAUUGGUGUUAAGUAUAAUCGGGUUAUAUCAAACACUUAUAACACGUCCACCAAAUAAAUGGCAAGUAAAAGACAUCUAUUUGAAAACAUCAUCAAAUGAAGAGAUGGAGAAUGAACAAUUGAUAACACCAAAGAAAUCAUUAAAACGUGUUAAAAUCCAACCAUUAUCAGAUCACAAUGAGCAAAUUGUAGACUUUAAACAACCACUCUCGAUCAUUCAAAUCGCAGAUCCACAUUUAGGUCCAAUGAUGUCAUGUGAACGUUUAACAGAGAUUUGUGAGAGUACCGUUAAAUUAAAUCCAGAUUUAGUACUAUUAACUGGUGAUUUCUUUACAUCCGAAUCAUUCAAUCCAGAGAAUACCUUGGAGAUAGCAUUGGCACCAUUAAAGAAACUACCACAUGGAAAGGUUUUCGCUUGUGUUGGAAAUCAUGAUUUAGAGGAAGGUUGUAUGGAAAUUUUAGAGAGAGCUUUAAAGACGAUUCAAUGUCCACUUUUAAUUGAUCAAAGUGUUUUGGUUGAAACUCGUAUUGGCAAAAUUCAAAUCACUGGUUUUGACUAUAGAAAUAAAGCAAGACAACAACAUAUCCAUGAGGUUUGUUCUGCUUAUCCACCCAUCCAAGGUAUACCAAGAAUUGCAUUACUUCAUGAUCCUGGUUCUUUUAAAUUCAUUCCAACCGAUUAUGGUUGUAUCACUUUCUCUGGUCAUACUCAUGGUGGUCAAAUUGGUAUUCGUUCAGAUUUACUCUCAUUAACAAUGGUUGGUAUCACUGGUAUUCCAGAUUAUUCACUUUGGAGAAAUGGUAAUAAUUAUCUUUAUGUUCAUACUGGUCAAGGUUGUAGAAGUAUGUUAGGUACUAUGGUAUUAAGAGUUGGUGUACCUGCUGAAGAUAGUUUACUUCAAGUUUAUUUUGAAAGUUAA